AUAAUUAAACACGCCUGUCAUGUAACAUUUAAAUAUUACUUAAUUUCCUCUUGAAUUAUAUAUUAUACAUUCCCUUGAUUUACUAGCGUAGUGUUUCCUUUUGAUGUAAUGUUGGGAAAGCUAAGGUGGUUUUAGGAAGCGUGGUUGUGCGGCAAUCGUUUGUCUAGAGUUUUUUCUUGAAUUUUAAUUCUGAGUAAUAAGGCUCCAUCAUGCAGUUGUUCGUGAGAGGUGACACAGAGCAUGUGAUUAACUGUGAGAAUGGCGACCUUGUAUCAUCUAUCAAGGCCAAAGUAGCUGCUCUUGAAGGCAUUCCUGUUGAGGAGGUCUGUUUGUACUGCAGUGGGUCUCCUUUGGGUGAUGACACUGCAGUUAGUCAACUUGAUGGCAGUGGCUUGGAGUUGACAGUUCGUCUCCGAGGUGGUAAAGUUCACGGUUCUCUCGCUCGUGCUGGAAAAGUCAAGGGUCAGACACCAAAGGUUGAGAAGCAAGAAAAGAAGAAGAAGAAAACUGGUCGUGCCAAGCGUCGCAUUCAGUACAACCGACGAUUUGUUAAUGUGGUACAAGCUUUCGGACGCAGGAGAGGACCAAAUGCUAACUCAUAAUUUUGUGGUGUGAAUAAAUUUCUUUAUAAAAUUGGAAAAUUGUUCAACUAUAUUUAAAAUUGACAGUUACGAAUACCUGUUGUAAAUGAUGACAUAAUAAAUGUCUUGAACUGUCUUUUAUAUCAUUUCAUUAUAAUUCUUUUAUUUUAUGACUACAGGAUAUAAUAUUUGGAGAAAGCUCAUGUGUUAUUGGCUUGCAAUCUAAUUCUCAUUAGUUCGAGUUUUGUGGUAUAGAUCGUCGUUAAUUAGGUUCCUUUAUGUCAUUGAAAGGUCCAUUUGUUUUCCUUAUAAUUCUCACUAGGUUUUGCGGAAAUAAUAGAAAUAUGGGAGUGAGGCGACGUUGCUAGCCGAAUUCAUUUAUUAUGCUCUGUGAAGUUAUGGAGGUUAGGCGAAUUUGAGACACAGGUUUCUGGUUGGGUGACAGUUAGGAACCCUGGGAUCCAAUGAUGCUGAGCUCCUGACCUAACUGAUAAAAGGCACAGAUGGUCUGCGAGGAGACACCCUGACUAAGAUUACAGGAUAUCUCCAAGACAAAGGCUUCAACGACUGUUCACGAGGCACGUGUCAAUGAUGUCGCAAGAAAAUUUAAAAAAUCUUGUAAAGAUAGGUUAGGCCAAUUGCUGUUUGUUUUUUUUCCCUCCAGAAAUAGCCAUGAAUUUUUUUUCUGUACUCCCUUUCUGAAAUCAUGAAACAUAAAAAACUUUUUUGAUUCUAAUUCUGGGAAUUGUUUUUAUAAUUUUUUGUAGAAAUAAUUUUUACUUUAUAUUGUUAUAAAGUUUUUUCAAGGGUAUUAUAAAUGACUACAGAACAUUUUGUGACUACAAAACGGGAAAGAAUGCAAUAUUGCAAGGUGUUGAGGUAAAUACAUACUUCAAAAUUUUGUUGACAAUGGUGACUGGUGAAUGAUUGUAGUGUGAGAACAAGUGCUUCAAAUUAUUGCUCAAGAUGUUUCUUGAAACCCCUAAAAGUACUGUGUGAAUGAGUUGAAAAUUGCACAAUUUUUGCCUACAUUUUUACAAUAAUAUUGCUUAUAAAAUGAAGUUUCACUCUUCUAUAAUCUUAGGCAUUGUCCAUUCUAUUAGGGGACCUAAACAUUGAGAAAAAUGUGAAAAACGUUAUUGAUAUUACACUAGUAUAUUUUCUGUAAAUUUUUAUUAAAGAAAAUUUAACCAUUUUGUUAACUGAUUUAUGCUGCAAAUAUUAUGUUCUAUAAGAUUUUGUAUGUGAAUUAAUUGUGAGAAAAAUGUUAAUUAAUGCAUGUGAUAAUAGAAAUUAAUGCUAUAGUGUCUGUUUUCGUUAUGGAAAGCAAUGUCAUUCAGGUAGGUUAAAUUCUGCACAUUAAAGGGAGCAUUUGCAAAAAAAUUUAAGUUUUAGGUUUAUAAUUACAGUUUUGUAUUGCAUGCCUGAGAUAGCUAUCAGGGUGUGUACAGACUCUGCCCUUUGAUACGAAGAGUUGUGGGUUUGAGUCCUGCCUUUGGCAUUGUUGCUUGUCUCUUGUCUGUCACGUGUAACAAAUAGUUAUUAUAAAAAAAGUGAAGAAAGUCAAAAUAUUCAAUUUACAAAAAUGACAUGGAACGAAUUUUGAGGUAAAUAACUGCAAACACUGCAAAAUGUUAACUGCAAACACGUAUUUCAGAUUGGGUAUCUCUGUCUUGUGCAUCAAGAUGAAAACUCUGGUUGAGGUUAACGCAAUGAAAAUGGAAAUGUUAACUAUGGUUUCAGAAUAUUAAACUUGCAAACACUUUUUGAAACUUAAUAAAUUUUGUUGCUGUGUAAAUUGUGGGAAACCAACACUACGUUUCAUCGAUAAUGGUAAAAAAUAGGCUUAGUUUGUAGGUUACAUAUCAUUUGUGAAUAGUGUAAAUGUAACAAUGCUGUUACAGUUCAUAAAUUGCAAACUCCCAAUAUGAAUUAAUUUAGAGGUUAUUCAUGAAACAAAUUUUGCCUCUUUUAUUUUAAAAAUUGCUACAGAGAUGCCGAUACUGUAUCAAAUGUAUGGCAAAUGCAUUGGAAAAAUUAGGUUUACUUUUGGUAUUAUAUGGUCUCCAAGCUGAACAAAAUUUGAGAAACUUUUAGCUGCAGCAGAUGAAAAUUUUUGUAGUUGUAGGCAAUUUUAAUUUUGUUUAAACAAUUUUUUUGCUCUAAAACGGUACCAAAUGUUUUUAUUAAAUUUUGACCUCGGGUCUCAUGUUCAUUGAAAUCUGAUUUUUCAUAAAUUGCAAAAACAAGAAAUUUUUUCGAUGUCUUUCUACAAUACUAUUGUGAAGUAAAUUUUUUUUCUCAAAGAAACGUGUUCAUCGAAAACAGGUCUUGAAAUAGGGUCACUAUAAUAUUUCGAAAAUGAGAUUUUCAUUUGAAGAAUAAUUUUGCUUUAAAAGCAGGCAGUUUUUAAAUUUUAAAUAGGGGGAAUGUACUCGUACCAGUAAAUAGCCAUUUUAAGUGGUGAUCAUUAAUGGGUUGCAACUAUUUACAUGAACAGCAAUCAGAAUCAAAUAAAACUGUAUGAAUGUAGAAUUUACAAAGGCUACAGAAUAGUUCUGCUAUGAUGUUUUAUGCAGCAAGAAAAGCUGUGUUUAAAAUUUCAGUAUCUUUUACUGUGCACUCCAGAGAGUCACCAAAUGUUGCCAGUAGUUGACUGGACAGACACCAGUUAACGCCCACCCACCUUAAAACUGUGAACGUGUGGAAAUUAUAUUUUCCUUGAUUUGAUGUAUUAUAUUUCCAUGCUCCUAAAAUGGAGCGGUCAGCAUAUAGCAUGAACAAUGCCUUUGUAUUCAUGUGUGUAACAGUAAACGUGUGUGAUGAACAGUUAACUUAAUUCACUGAUGAGUUUAAUAUGCAUUUAGUUAUCUUAGAUGUAGAUUAAUUCCUAUAAAAGUCUCCUUUAUUUUUUAUUUUAUUUCCUACCCAUUUGGCUCUUCAGGC